UUUCAGUUGAUGAGAGUGGACGAUUUUUGAAGAUCAUCAUGCCACAGAGUGCAGGGUCUUCAUCAAGGCUCUCUGGUAGCUCCCAUUCACGUCGCUAUCACACUCGUGCCCUCACCUCUCAUGUGGAUGAGAGCCUCUUGGAACCAUAAAACAGGCGCUGUCAGCCUGCGAUGUCAAGGAUACUGAGAGGGGUGGCCGGUCUGGACCCAGGGGCCAGUCCAUGUCUUCUCCAAGUCGGAAAACUCAGAAACCAGACACAGUUCGCAUCAUCACAAGGGACCUCAUCCGAGAUCUGAAGAUCCCAAGUAAGGAUCCAUCUGGGCUGUCUGUCUUUCUCCACCCAACUGAGAUCGAGCGGAUCACAACAGCUUCUCGGGUUUCAACCAAGGAAGAGCUGGAGGCCACGCUGGAUGCCCAGAGGAGAGAGAGAGAAGCAGCUAUGGAUGCUGCUGAGGAUAGGAAGGCCCAUAUCUGCCAGGCUGACCUGUCUUGUCAGAAGAACCAGGACCUAAGUGAUCUGGAGGCUGAGGCCAAGGAAAGAGCUCAGUACCUGCUGGAAAGGGCCAAUGCCAUGAGGAUGGAGCAGGAGGACGAGGUCAAGAAACUCAAUGAGUUGAUCCUGGAUGCCCAUUGCCACGCGGUGAGGGAUGCCCAGAUCCUAGAGAGGCAGCAGAUCCUGGCUGAGCUGCAGGACGAGGAGAGGCGACUGGAUGCCAUGAUGGAGGUGGACCACAGGAGAGCCCUGGAGGCCCUGGAGCAGAUCGACGAGUUGCGCAAACACCAGAGGAUCCAGGGAAAUCAGCUGAUUAUAAAUCAGAUUGAGGAGCGUCUGGAGGACAGGAUGUUGCAGAAUGAGAUGAAGGGGCAUGAAGGCCAGCAGAUGCUGGAGAGGAUGCAGAUGGAGGAGCUGGAAGCUCUGGUGAGGAAGAAGGAGGAGCAGCAGCGUCUGCAGGAGAUCCUCCGUAUCAAUGAGGACAGGCUGCUGGCCAAGGAGCGCAAGAAAGAGGAUUAUGAACAUCUUCAUAAUAGGCGCCCUGCACUUUCACUGGCUGUUGUCAUAUCGAUCCCUGCGCAGGGACAAAGAGGGAGACCGGCUGGACGAGGAGGCCCGGCAUUGCCACAUCGACGAGAUCAAGGAGAAGCAGCUCAGGGAGCUCAAGGCUGCUGGACCACCAGAGAAGUAUUGCAAUAAAGUGGAGAGAAGGGUCCAUGCUCUUCCUGCUCUGGCUCACUAGAACACAAACCCUGAUACUAAUGAAAGACUUCAACAAUGGCGAUAAAAUGGCACCCCCAUCACUUUGACAGGGUAGAAUGAAGAAAAUGAAUUGGUACAGAAUAGAAAUCUAAUGUAGUACAUUUAUAUUAAUUAUCAUGUAAUUUCUGAAUAAAGAGGACCGUAUACAUUACA